UGAGCUGCGUCAUUGAGCCGCGCGAGCUGAGCGCGGUGGAACCCAGCCCCUCUGUCUUAUCCUCCAGGCGGCUGGCUCGUUCCCUCCGCGUCUGUGGACCCCGCUUCGAUGUUCUCGGUGGGCGCAGCACCCCGGAACCUCCACGGCCAUGGCCACUAGUCUGAGGACGCCCUCUUUCAGCUCCUGUUCUUCCUCCUCGACAGACACAGACGACGAGGGAGUGCGCGGCACUUGCGAAGAUGCUUCUAUGUGCAAGAGGUUUGCAGUAAGCCUUGGCUACUGGCAUGACCCUUACAUCCAGCAUUUUGUAAGACUGUCUAAGGAGAGGAAGGCCCCCGAAAUUAACAGAGGAUAUUUUGCUCGAGUCCAUGGCGUCAGUCAGCUGAUAAAGGCAUUUCUACGGAAGACAGAAUGUCAUUGUCAAAUUCUAAAUCUUGGGGCUGGGAUGGAUACCACCUUCUGGAGAUUAAAGGAUGAAGAUCUUCUCCCAAGUAAAUAUUUUGAGGUCGACUUUCCAAUGAUAGUCACGAGAAAGCUGCACAGCAUCAAAGUCAAGCCUUUCUUAUCACAACCCAUUAUAGAAUUACAUUCAGAGGACCCACUUCAAAACGAUGGACACCUGUUGGAUUCAAAGAGAUACGCCAUUAUUGGGGCAGAUCUCCGAGAUUUACCUGAACUGGAAGAGAAACUAAAGAAAUGUAACAUGAAUCCACAAUUGCCAACACUCCUGAUAACUGAAUGUGUGCUGGUUUACAUGACUCCGGAGCAGUCGGCCAACCUUCUCAAGUGGGCAGCCAGCAGUUUUGACACUGCCAUGUUCAUAAACUACGAACAGGUGAACAUGGAUGACCGGUUUGGACAGAUCAUGAUCGAGAACCUGCGGAGGCGACAGUGUGACCUGGCGGGAGUGGAGACCUGCAAGUCGUUAGAGUCACAGAAAGAACGGCUCCUGUCGAAUGGGUGGGAAACGGCAUCAGCAGUCGACAUGAUGGAACUGUACAGCAGAUUGCCUCAAGCUGAAGUGAGCAGAAUAGAGUCACUUGAAUUCCUGGAUGAAAUGGAGCUUCUCGAACAGCUCAUGCAGCAUUACUGCCUUUGUUGGGCAACCAAAGGAGGACAUGCACUAGGUUUGAAGGAAAUCACUUACUAAUCUGUUGGAGGCCCGUGCUGAGCCAGGAGCUGAAGCCACUGACCUUCCCAGAGUUGCUGGGCUACAUUUCCUGGGUGGUGGCCAGACCUGGCCCGCCAGCCUCAUCCCACACCCUGAGAAGCCUCAGCACCUAGGGCUGUCACAUCACCUUCUGUGCCCGUUGACUUCUCGUUGAAAUAAACCUGUUGUUGCCAAUCGCC